AUGACCUCGUCCGCCAUGAUGGCUGCUGCCGAGACGCUGGCCUCCGUCGCGUCCGCCGGUCCCUCCACACCAGCACAAGAGAAAGCUUCCUCCAAGCUACAUCGCAGAAAGUCGGAUGCAUCCACUUCGGGAUCAGAACCAAAGAAGAGGACGCGCCCCGUCAGCGCCUGCGAGGCAUGUCGUGCCAAAAAGGUGCGCUGCCUUCUCUCGCCUGACGCUCCCGUCUGUCAGAACUGCCUCGCAUCCGGCAAGCAGUGUCUCUUCCGAGUCGACGACCUCGCGCCCGCACUCAGAGCUGCACGCUUUGCUCACUGUGGUCCUCCUAGCGCUAACGCAAGAACAAUCGCCUCCAAAAAGAGCUCCAAAGCUGCAUCCCGCAAGUCGAUGGACGGCAUCGACGAAGAAGACAGACCCUCACCUCCGAAACGCAAAAAGUCCGAAGACGACCGUGGCUCUUCGGAUGCCAUUCACAAGGAAGAAGAUGCCGAUGUCGAUAUGUCCUCCAAUGGUAAGCCCAAAGCAAAAGCUGUCUUUCGCUCCUUUGCCAAUCCCACCAAUCUCGCCGCGCCGCUACCCGUUCCAGUCACGCCUAUGUCGGCCGCGUCCUCGGUCCCUCCAUCUUCCAUGAUGGCAUCACCACCUCACAAAGGCCCACAUCCACCAUUGCCCAGAAUGGUCUCCUCCUCUUCUGCAGCAUCCAGACGCUACUCAGAGACUGGUUCUGCCAACAAUGAUGUCUAUGACCGAGGCUUUGUCAACUCCGGUCCGUCUGCGCCUGGAUAUUCAAAACACAGACACAGCCAUCCUGCCGUCAUCGACCCACAAGGUGCCCCCUUCCAGACCUUUGCCCACCCCAACGACUUUUCUCAUUAUAGCCAUCCCGUCGCGAUCCCACCAGGAUCUGGCCCCAGCCCAGCAAGCGCAAGCUCAAUGUUUUUGCAGCAUCAAUCUCCCACGGAUGGCAGCGCCCUGUCAAACCGGUCAGGUCGUUUGAAUACAGUGUAUGCCGCUCCCAAACCGAUCAGCGCUCCUCACGUCGACGAAACGCGCCCCCGACGCAAGACGUCCGAUAUCAGUGCACGAAGGCAGCCGGGUCCACCUGUGGAUCCCAUGUCCUUGGAGUACUACGGUCACCCCUCGGAUCCAGCCUCCUCGAACAACAUGGAUGCGUCCGACCGACCCCUCAUGGAUCAUCGCAGCUCGAGUCAUGCAAGCGAGCCACCUCGUCGCGACAUGUCGACCGAACUUCGCGAUGGAAUUGAGCGAUGGCAACGCAGCGGGGCUGCGAGACCAGGCGAUGAGCGCGAAUACAUCGCAAUCAAGGAGGAGCCAGUGGCGCAACCGCGACCCAAGAUCGUCCUUCCCUUCUUUCGUUGGUUUGGCACCACCGCCAACACUCCUGGCUACCGGAAGAUCAAAGUGGGUGUAUUGCAAGACUCGGAGGUGCCAGGUACGGACGAGCUGGCACCAGCGCUGGAAGCUGACAAUGCUUCGGACGGUCGGGCGGCAUUUGGUUUCACAAUCCGAGACGACGAUGACUCACGCACGCCAGGCAAGCCUCGGGAUGAUUCCGUGCUGUCGCCACAUCCGGCGCAGCUUUCAAGCCCGGGGCAACGACCCGAUCACAAGGCUUCUUCAUCCGUCACCCGUGACCUCUUCGAGAUCAAUCGUCCACGAUACCCCAGGAAAGACAUCCUCGAGCAUCUCGUGUCUCUGUUCCUUACGCACUUCAAGCCUUCUUGGUGUCCUUGGAUGGAGGCCGACGAGCUCAAGAACAGCGCCCAGAACGGAUCCAUGCCUGCCAUUCUCGCCAACGCUGUCUGCGCGGUCGCUGCUCGCUUUUCCGAUCGUCCCGAGCUACGAAAGGCACCACGCAAGUCCUCGGGCGACCCCUUCAGCGAAAUGGCCAAGAUCCUCAUCAUUCCACUCUUGUCAUUUCCGUCGAUCGAGGUCAUCGAGGCGCUCAUUUUGCUGAGCUAUGCCGAAUUCGCAGCUGGCAGCGACUCGGGCCUCUGGAUGUACGUCGGCAUGGCACUGAGAAUGGCUCAAGAUCUUGGCCUGCAGCACGAGGUCAGCAUCCAAAGCAUUCCCAUCGAAAAGCAUCAGGAAAAGGCACGGCUGCUGUUCUGGGCCGUCAUCGGACUCGACCGCAUCACCACGUUCGGCACGGGCCGUCCGGUUUCGAUUCGAGAGACCGAGAUCGACACUGAGCUGCCCAAGCUAGGCGCCUCCAGCGAUAUGAAGGACGAGACGGUGGUGUUUGGCCACGUGGUUCGGAUCCUCAUGCUCCGAGGACGCAUGGGCGAGCUACUCAACCGGCGCGAGAAAGAAGAAUCGCAGAUCUCGGCGGAGACCACCAAGCGCGACCUGACUCGCAUGUGGUUCGAGCUCGCUCAGAGCUACUCGGAGCUGCCUUCGAACCUUCACUUCAACGUGCAGACCUUCCAGCAGAGUGCGGCGCAUCACCAGAGCCCGGGCUUUGUCUACUUGCACGUGCUCUUCCAGUCCACCAUUGGACUGCUGGACCGUCCGGCGCUGAUGAAGAAGUUCACGGCAGACUCGGCUCCUCUGCUGCCAUCCUUUGCACCAGCAGCGAGUGCAGCUGCGUCCAGGACGAUCGCGGACAUUCUCACGCUCGGCGAUGCCUUUGACGAUCGAUGCAUCACCGCCUCUCCGUACCUCGACCAGCUGGUGUUGCCCGCAGGUCGAUCGUUCGUUGCAGAGAGGGAAGCGGCGCGAGGUGCCUUGCGGAGCAUGGGACAUGGAACAACACCUGCGCCGUCGAGACCACCUUCGCGUGGCGCCGGUUCGCAGCAACAGAGUCGCACCAGCCACCUCGUCUCGACCAAAUCGUACGCUGAGAUCAACCUCGGUGCCUGCCAGCGCAUCUUGCAAAAGCUGCAGCAGUACUGGGCUGGAGCGUCCUGGCCGCUGCGAGCUCUGGAGCAAGAGGCUGCUGGGAAUGGUGGCGAGAUCGACCCGCAGGCGUCGGACGAGGAUGCCCAGAGCGCACCAAUCCGUGAUAUCGAGAUGGUGCUCAAAUGGGCCAAGUCUCGCAUUCGAAGCAAAAAGCGAUUGGCGCGGUCGUCGCAUGUCACACCAAAGGCGGAUGCGAUGACGCUGUCCGAGUCGAUGGAAGGCAUUAACGGGAUCCUGACGGGCAACACUGGAUCCGACGAGUUUGCGUCGACGCACAGCGGCGACUCGCCAUUUGGGCUCGGUAUCUCUGCCGGCCUGACGUUCGACAUCGACGCGCUGAUGGGCAGUUGGCAGAUGGAUCACUUCGAUCCCAUGUCGAGCUUCCAUGCGCCCAUGGCCGUGUCGCAGUACAACGACGGCAACCAGCAGCAGCAAGUAAGCGGUCACACCCCGUACCCAGCCUCCGGUCAGACGCCAGUCCCCACCUUCACCGGCCCGCCAAUCUAUCCUUCGCCUGGCCGCCGCUCCUCCCUCAGCACCCACCUCCACCCGUCAUCAGCCGUCGUCCUCUCCCCACACCGCGGUCACAGUCGCAAUUCUUCGCUGCACAACCCCGCCAACCCAAUGUCCCUCACCGCCUACCACCCACCCACACCGGGUCAGCUGGACACAUCCUCCUUCGCCAUCGCCGAGUUUUUUUCGCACGACCAGAGCGUCUGGCCCCUCAGCAUCCAGAACGAGGACAUCGACCAGGAGGCGGUGAAUCUGAUUGCGAGCGCUAUGCAGUUGCCCAGCUAUUCCGGGCCGUGA